GUCUGAGCUGCAUAGGUUUAGGUGAUAAGAAAACGCAUCUAUUUAUGGUACAGAACCAACUACAGGCACAGGGCGAGUCAUAGUGUUCAGUGGCAGGCAGGCUCAUUCACACCAGCACGCACAUAGUCACUUGCACACACACACACUGCACAGGAACAUUAAGCCAGAAGUCUGCUGACAUUUUCUUUAUCGUUUAUCAUUUGGCAGGCUCUCUGCUGGUUUUCCUCUUCUGAUACACAUUUGUUUUUGCAGCUGUUGAAAUUCCAUGAUGGACAUUGGAAGAAGGCUGAACAGAGGUGAAAAUAUUACAUUUAUUAACCCCUGGAUUAAGUACUACCUAUUUUUCUUCAGCUUUCUCUUCUGGAUCAUUUCACUGGUGAUUGUUGCUAUAGGAGUCUAUGCAAAGAUUCAGAAAGCUACAGAUGCUGUGCGUGACACUUUCAUCAUCGACCCUGCAAUAAUAAUGAUCGUGGUUGGAGCCAUUAUGUUUUUAAUCACCUUCUGUGGCUGCAUUGGGGCCUUGCGCGAAAAUAUUAUGCUACUGCAAGUGUUUUCGAUAAGCCUGACGGCUCUCUUCCUGGUGCAGCUGGCAAUAGGAGUCCUGGGAUUCGUUUACUCUGAUAAGGCAGAAGAUACAGUGAGUAAAUUCAUCAAGAAAGCCAUUGUACAUUAUAGGGAUGAUAUUGACCUGCAGAACCUGAUUGAUUAUAUUCAGAGAGAGUUUCAUUGCUGUGGCUGGACUAACUACAAGGACUGGUCGAAGAAUAUGUAUUUCAAUUGUACACCACACAAUCGCAGCCCAGAACGGUGUGGUGUGCCUUACUCCUGCUGUACACCUGUACCUGGUGAAUCCGUGAUCAACACAAUGUGUGGUUUUGGAAAGCAAUCACUAAACCAACUGGAAGCCUCAAAAUUCCUCCACUCAGUGGGCUGUGCUGACAAAGCAGCGAUCUGGAUAGAGAGUCAUCUGCUGCUGGUGGGGAGUGCUGUGCUCGGAAUGGCUCUGCCUCAGAUUGGAGGAAUUGUUCUCUCUCGCAUGCUGAUUGGACAGAUCAGAGAGGAAAUUAAGUCAAUAUAACAAGGAGAGCCUUGGCAGCAGGGAACAAGCCGAAGGCAGCGGAUUCAUCGCACCUUGGGUAAGAAGCAAAGAAGCAUAACCAGGCGAAAGUAUCUUUUGUGUGAAGAAAACCACUUUGCCAAAACUCCAAAUACUGUUCCGUUUUUAAGUGUUGCAA